UCUACCCACGGGGACGAAGUCGCGGGCAACAGCUAGUAUUUUAUAAAUGUAACUAUCAGAAGCAAAGUAACAAGACUGAUUAAAACUUAAUAAAAUUUGAAGGGACCAAAUUUUACCUUUGCGGUGGAGAGGAGUACGCCGAGAGAAAAAAAUAACAUCAAAAUUUAGAAAAACACCAAGGUUCAGGACGCUAUUAUUAAAAUGAAAAAGAAGGUUAACGACUUUUUUAAGUAUACUGCAUAGAGUAGUAGUGCAAGGAAUAUACAUAUUAUGUUUUGAUUGUUGUUCGAAUGAAAAACUUUAUUAUUUUUAAUAAAUACGCAUACAAUGCUUUUGUAUCAGGGUUCGAUCGGAUUUCAUAAUGUCCAAUUGUAAAGGGUAUUGUGCCGUUGUAUCCGCUAAGGCUUAAGCCAAGCCUUGAGAGGUUCACAAUGUAGGUAUAACGUUCUAUGGAUAAUUUCCAUCACCUUUGUUCUAGAUAAUGGACUAUGUCUUCAUCUAAAGCCUUGACAAACAAAGGAUUUAUCGUAACGAAGUCAGUCGGACCAACAGACCGAUUUUGGUAUGGAUUGAGCUAACGAAGUAUUAACACAUGGCCUUCUAUUUGCCAAAUUGCUUCAGAUGAAAGGUAUACGCUUAUAGAGAUAACGAAAGACUCGUUGGCAAGAUGUCAGAAAGAACUUGUUAAGUUAGAUGAACGAUUUUCUAAUUAUUGAGCAUUGUUCUCAAAACAGAACAGUCAAUGGGGGGUUGACGUCCAUAAAAUUGGAUGAAGAUGAACAAAUAGCAAAAAAGAAAUAGGACCUUAUCUAACUAAAUCUCAAUUGUUAUAUUUGUUGUAGAGAUACGCGAUUGGAGUCAACAGUGCAAUCAGUAGCUUUCAUAAUUUAGUAGUUUAGCUUUUAAAUACUGUUGUUUUUAAAGCAUUGUUCCUAAAAUUACAAUAAACAAAACUAAAACAUAAGCAACAGAAAAACAUAACAAAACUACAUGAAAGAAAGAAGGUUCGAAAUCAAAGAGAACAUUAAUACGCUGUCAAAACCAAAAUCCAUCUAUCAAUGUCAUAUAGUGACGUUUGAUAAUUAAUUUACAUUGGAUCACAGGGAUGUAAAAUUCAAAGAAAUGAUACCUACACAGCGGAGUGAAUGAGAAAUGAUCAUCAUUUACUUUGUUACAAUACUUUUACAAUGUCUGAAUGCCGUCUAUUUAUACGACUACGAUGAACAAUCGUCUAGAUCUCGGCUCCCCGUCGCCGAAGAACUUGAAUUUGAGCCAAUUAUGACCUUAACGAAGGAUAAAGAGAAACUUGUUGUGAUGAAAAACAUCAAUUGUGAUGAUUUCUCGAAAUACGCAAUCAAUUGUACCGUGGAAGCAGCUCUCAUGUAUAACUCCAGUAGAAAGUCGCCACCGAUGCCAGCCAAGAUCAGCGAUUGGUGCAAAGCAAUCCGCCACCUUACAAAUUGCGCUAUAGACUGGAACUCGGAUUGCAAGGAUGUGACCGAGAGCCACUUCAACGAGGAAAGCAUUCGAGGGCACAUGCACGUAGUUACCAACGUGUGUGACGACGAAUGGUUUCUCUCGAGGUACGACGUAUUACCAGUUUGCAUUGACGGGGCUUCGGAUGCUUGGGAAGCCUGCUAUUCAGUAUUCAAAUCAUUAGUCGACGACCAAAAGAAUACAACGCACGAAUGGACCCAUUUUGAGACACACUUUUACAUGUGUUGUGCCCGAGCGCAGUUUCGCCGAUGCACGUUAGACUCACUUUUUGACAUGCCUGAAAUCUGUCCCUACGAGCAAGCGGUCACGUUGCAGAAAUUUUCAGUAAUUGUCUCUGAAGGCGAUGUUUUUCAGGAUUGCGAUCAGAAUGUGAUGUACACAAACUGUCCUGGCGGGGAUCCACGGCCAUCAGGCAAGUCCUUAGCCAAGCUCAUGAACGCUGAUGCGUUCAAUGCAAUUCACAGUAGUUCACACAAUCAUGCUGUUGACAUUUGUAUUGUGCUGCUCACUAUGUUUUGUGGCCUGUUUAUAUAAAACUGUUGUUGCGUGA